AUGGAAUCAAAAUCAAUGACAAUCAGCACUAAAAUAUAACAGUCCAAUUAUUCUGCAUUAUCUAAUCUACCCAGACACAUUAUUAAUUAAAUUAAAAAUGAAGGUAUCAUAACAUACCAAUAUUAGGUGAAUUAUAUAUUACAGCACCUAACAAAUGUGCAAAAAUCUGGAUCGAAAUGAGAAAAAAUGAUUUUGUGACAGAUGCUCAACUAAACUUUACAAUUGCACAAAGAAUCUUUGAAGCUUGUAGAAGUGAGAUCGUACAAUUACUGAAACUGUAAAAUGAAAAAGAUUUCUUUGAGCUCUUUGAUUAGGAUAAUGAUGGGUAAUAAUUAAAUGAAUCCCAUUAGAAUCUUAAAUGAAGACGAACAGAUUCUAGUGUUUUCAGUCAUCAAAGAAAAAAUGCAUUAAGUAGCAACUGCUUUGUUGAAAAUCCAAGAAUACAUAUUAUUCAAACAAUUGAUGAAAGAAUUGAGAACUUUAGAAGCUAACAUAGCAGCUUAUCAAAAUUAAUUAAGAUAACGUAUUUCAAUCAAAGAGAGAUAGGUCUACAAGGAAAUAGGAUAAGAAAAGCUUGAUGAUUUUUAUGAUAAAUACUAUUAAGAAUUCUAAUAACUAACAAAGUAUAAAGUCGAUAGAAGGUACUCUAAUAUUAUUAAUUAAGAGCAUAAUUAAAAAUAUCCUAAGAAAAAGAGUUAGGAAUCUUGGAGGAUCGACUCUCCAAGGAUACUGAAUUGAUGAAAGUUAAACCAAAAAAAAAGUUGAAGGAUCUACAAACUCAAGAGAAGUUGGUUAGUCUAGAGGAAAGAGUAGAAGAAGCAUUAGACUUUAGAAAAGAAUUGAAAGACUUAGAGAAACACGAAUAAGAUAGAGUGUACAAAGUAUAAAAAUAUCGUAUUGAAAAAUAACACAGUGAUUUGUUAUUUAAAUAACAGAAAGAAAGAGAACAAUUAGAGGGUAAACUAUAAGAAACUGAGUAUAAAUUAAUCAUACAAAUGAAAAAGGACUAUGAUGUUUUACUUAAGCAAAUCAAUCUACAUAAUAAUGAAAUCACAAGAAUUUAGAGUCAAGCCUCUAAUCAAGCAAUGAAGAAAGGAUUGUAUGAAGGAGAAGCUAAGAGAUAAAAGGUUUAAUCUUAAUUAUAAAAUGGUAUCAUUGCCUAAACGAAAGCCAUAAGUCAACCAGAAUCCAAAAUCAAUGAUCUAGAUCAAUUUCAUGAAUCUGAAACCAUUCGAAAAUUGGAAUCUCGAAAGAGUCUCCAAUUUGCAGGUUCUCCUGGUAAAGUAAAUAACAUUAAAUAUCUAAGCCUGUGAUUUCAGAGGAGAGUGAAAAAAGUCCAAUGGGUUCUGCAUUCAAUGGAAAAACAAAGAACUUUUAUCAAAUCAGGAAAAUCAUCAAGGAUUCCAAAAACAUCACUCAAUUUUAUAUUAAGAAGAACUAUGGCGCUGUAUGCUAUUAGAUAUAUCUCAUAGGACUUACCAGUUAAUUUUGUUAGAAGUGCACAUAAUAUUUAAGGUGAUUAACAUGAAAAAAUAGAGAGAUUUCUUUCUGUUAAACGUAAAUCUUAGCAUGAGCUCUUACCACCAAUCACUUAAUUGUAUGACGACGACUUGCAAGAAAAAGUAUUGUAUAUUAAAUAAGCCCUAGUAAAUCAAGGCAAUAACAAAGACUGAUCAAGAGAUAAAAAGAGAAAAGGCACUUAAGAGAGCAUUUAUUAAUGAAAAAUUAUUUAGAAAUGAUUGA